AUGAAACUGGAGGAGAUCGAGGCAUCGUCGAUCGACGCGUUCGGGGGCCGACGGGAAGUCGUGUUGAUGACCAUUGCCAGCGAGUUUGCGUUUGAGCGGCUGUUUGACGUCUUCCUCCACAGCCUCUACAACAUCACGUUCACAAGGCCCGAUGGACCCAUGGGUCAGAUGAAAAGUGUGGAUCGCUCGCAGGGAAGUUUUACCAAGACCUCCACAAUCUUGGAUGGCCUCACGUUGGGAGUGGACGUGCUAUUUCUUGACGCAGAUCAAGUCUUUUUUCGGAAUCCACUGCCGUACAUAUUGGCUCGCGAGGCUGAUAUUCUGGUCUCCGGUGACUGUCACAACCACGGCGACGCGACCCCCAUGGAGAGGUUCCCCCCCAUCAACAACAACAUUGGAUUUGUGUACUUUAGACCCACAGCCAUGGUAACUCGCGCCAUUUACAACUGGGCCUUAUGGCUUCGAAACAUCGCCCUGACGGGAAACAAGCCCUGGGACCAAUCCACCUUUGCGCCCGCCGUGGAGUGGGUUUCGUCGGACGUGUCCGUACGGCACUUGUCCAUGAGUAUGCUGCACCCGGAUCUCUUUCCGUACUAUUGCAUGGGUCCAUGCGGAUGCGACCUGCGCAGGGUGCCGUACUUUCAUAACGGUCGUCUUCCCCGUCGUCCCGUGGGGGGGGACUGCGAAGCUGAUUUAGUACGGGAGUGGUACAACUACCACGUACCCUGUGGAGGCGACAUGAAUGAGAAGGCCAAUCGAAUGCAGGAUUAUGCGGAUAUGUAUGUACGAGUCGUAGGGCCCAUUAACAGCAGAUCUGCGCCCAUGACGGUGCUCGUAUGA